AUGUCAGACAGAAUACCUGCGGCAGACAAGAAAAACAUAUCUUCAGAAGCAAGAAAUGAAACUUAUCCAAUUCAGGAAGCUGGUGUUUUUGGAUUCAAGUGUAGAGCAAGGACAGACAAGGCCAAGAUUCAAGAGAAAACUGAAGGAACUGUGUGCUUGUCCUCCUCAAGGGUCCUUGCCACAGUAAUAACAAAGGUGGCAAUAGGAGCCCUGAUCUGGGGCCUAAUUUGGAGUCUUACAGGCAAAGAGAGUCUGCCUGGUGGGAGCAUCUUCGGAAUUGUAUGCCUCUAUUUUUGUUCAGAUGGUGGCAAAAUUGUGCAGCUAAUUAAAAUACCAGGAUUGCCUCCUCUCCCUCCUUUUCUUGGUAUGUUGAUUGCUGGAUUUCUCAUCAGAAAUAUUGAAUACGUCAGUAAGGUGAUCGUGAUCAAAGUACAGUGAGUUAUAUUCAGAAAUGUUGCCCUCUCGAUUAUUUUGUCUCUAGCUGGUCUUGGCCUUGACGCAAAGGCUCUGAACAAGUUAAAAACUGUCUGUUUCAGACUAUGCAUGGGACCUUGCAUCACUGAAGCAUGUUCAGCAGCAGUUAUAUCUCACUUUCUAAUGAAAUUCCCCUGGGUAUGGGGGUUUAUGUUAGGUUUUGUUCUAGGUGCUGUAUCUCCAGCUGUUGUAGUCCUUUCGAUGCUGAUGUUACAGAGACAAGGUCUUGGUGUAGAUCAAGGAAUUCCAACGUUACUAAUCGCUGCUGCCAGUAUGGAUGACAUUGUAGCCAUCACAGGCUUUAACAUUUUCUUAGGCAUGGCUUUUUCCUCAGGGUCCACCCUUCGUAGCAUCUUGCAUAGUGUGGUGGAAGUUGUUAUUGGUGCAGGUGCUGGUUGCCUUUUAGGAUUUUUUAUUACAUAUUUUCCAAACAAGGAUGAGAAAUCCAUUGCAGGGAAAAGAGCCUUCUUUGUGAUUGGCUUGUCAGCAUUUUCUUUUAAGCUGCAAACGUUUGGCUUUCCAGGAUCUGGAGGACUCUGUGUCAUUGUUUUGUCAUUUCUCGCUGGAAUGGCGUGGUCUAAUGAAAAGAAAGCAGUGCAAGAUAUUGUUACUUUUGCAUGGCAAGUGUCCCAACCAUUUCUAUUUGGACUAAUUGGAGCUGAAAUCUCUGUUUCUUCCCUUGGAUUAAAUACUGUUGGGCUUUGUUUGUCCACUAUGUUUUUAGCUUUAAUGGUUCGAAUUGUGGCUACGUUUUUGUUGGUGAGUGGCUCUGGCUUUAAUUGGAAGGAAAAAUUAUUUAUUGCACUGGCGUGGAUCCCCAAAGCAACUGUCCAGGCUGCGAUUGGUUCCGUUGCCUUAGAUACAGCACGAGGUUAUAAAGAUAAAAUGCUAGAAAAAUAUGGCCUGUACAUCUUGACAAUAGCUUUCCUUGCAAUCUUGAUCACAGCUCCUGCUGGAGCUGUGAUAAUUGGACUGGCUGGACCCAGACUUCUCCGCAAGACUACCAAAAGCAAUGAAGAUGAGCUAGCAAUAGACAGUUUUUCAUCAGAAGAGAUAACUUAG